AUGGGAAAGCUAGUGCGGCUCGAGAUAUACAACUUCAAGUCCUACCGCGGACGCCAUACCCUCCUCUUCGGCGACUCGUACUUUACAUCCAUCAUCGGCCCCAAUGGAUCCGGAAAGUCGAAUAGCAUGGACGCCAUCUCCUUCGUCCUGGGAGUCAGGUCGUCCCAUCUACGGUCCGAGAAGUUGAAAGACAUGGUCUACCGUGGCAGGAUCAUCCAGGAAGCUAGGAUCAAUGCCGAUGGCACCGUAACUGAAGCUGAUGGCGAUGCGGGUGGCGACGCGAAUGGUAAUUCCAAUGGCGACUCACAGGAGAACGGCGAUUCGCAAGCCAGCACCCAGCGCAACGAUCCACAGAACGCCUGGGUCAAGGCCGUUUUUGAGGAUGAUGCUGAGCAGACACACGAGUGGCAGCGUACCAUUACGAGCUCUGGCUCAAGCGAGUACCGCAUUAACAACCGGGUCGUCACUCAGAAACAGUACGGCGAGGCGCUUGAGGAGCACAGCAUUUUGGUCAAGGCGAGGAACUUCCUCGUCUUCCAGGGUGACGUCGAGAAAUUGGCGACGACAGCACCAGAACAGCUCACACUGCAAGUCGAGCGCAUUUCCGGUAGUCUGGAGCAGAAGGCCGAGUACGAUCGUCUGAAGGAAGAGUCAGAGGCCGCCACCGAGGACAACGCGAAACAUCUGCACGAGCGUCGCGGUAUCAACGGAGAACUCAAGACAUACCAGGAACAAAAAGCCGAAGCCGACGAAUACGAGAAGAAGCUUGCCGAGCGCGAUGAAGCCAUUGUCACCAAGAAUCUUUGGAAGCUCUACCUAGACCAGCAGGUUAUGGAGAAGGCGCGGAAUAAGAUUGCCAGUCAUCAAGAGGAGCUCAAAGAGCACAAGCGCAGCGUCGAAAAGUACCAUCAGAGACACGAGGCGGAAAGGCAGGCCGAGGCUAAGAUCAGGCGAGAUCUUACCAAGACGGACCGCAACACCAAAGCUAAGGAGAAGGAGAUUGAAGACGCCUCCAACGAGCUCGCACCCAUCGAAGAGAAAAUCCGACUGUCCAACGAGACGCGCCGAAAGUACGAGAGCAGACUUGACGAACUCCGAAAGAAGCGCGACGCAGAAAAGAAGGCAGUCGAAAAGUGCCAGAAGGAUCUUGAUCUGGUGCAAAAGGCUGAGAAGAAGUGGGAGGAUGACUUCAAGGCUGCUGCUCAGAAUCAAGGUCGUGAGCUUUCCGAGCAGGAUCUCCAAGAGUACGGUCGACUGCGCAGCGACGUUACGAAGCGGACACACGGAGAUCAGAUGCAGAUAGACAAGCUCAAGCGGGAGGUCGAGACAGACAGGGAUCAAGUCAAGAAUCUCCAGCAGAGCGUUGACAGCCAUGAAAAAGCUAUUGAAAAGCUGAGUGCAGACAUCAGUAAGCUCGAAGAACGCCAGCAAGCCUCCAAGACACAGAUCAGGGAUCUCGAAAGUGCAAGAGCCGCCAAACAGCAGGAACUCGACAGGCUUCAGGCCGACCGAAAGCAGAUCGAGAUGCAGUACUACGAGAAGAAUCAACUGCUACAAGAGGUUCUGAAGCAGCUCAGUAUUGUAGAAGGUAGCCGUCGAGAGUCAAGGAAGCAGCAAGAGGCCCGCAGGACCAUUGAUCGCUUGAAAACUCGCUUCGGAUCCGAGAAAGUACACGGUCGUUACAAGGAUCUCAUCACGCCAAAGAUGCAAAAGUACCGCAAGGCCAUCGGUCGCGUGCUCGGACACCAGAUGGACACCGUCAUUGUCGACACGGAAGCUACUGCCAAAUCUUGCAUCGAGUACCUCAAGGCAGAACGCAUUGGAGUCAUGUCUUUCAACCCAUUGGACUCUAUCCAGAUCCAGGCAGUAGACCCUCAACUGAAGGGUAUGCACGAAGGCAUGCGACUUGCCAUAGACUGUAUCAACUACGAGCCCAAACAUGAGCGAGCGAUGACUGCCGCCUGCGGUAACACCAUGAUCUGUAAUACGGAGAAGCUCGCGAAAGAGCUCAGAUACCAGAGGCGCAUCGAGGUCAAAGCGGUCACCUUGGAUGGACGUGUCAUUGGUAAGGGUGGAACACAGACAGGUGGUGAGCUUGACCGCGAUGACGAUUCUAGCGAACAACAAUGGGACGAGCGAUCUUACCAGGCCCUGCUAGACAAGAAAAACAGAUACGAAGAGGAGCUUCGUGCCCUUCCCAAGCAGGACCGACAGUACACCCAAGAACAAGCUCUCCAGGUCGAGCUACUAGACCUGGAGGAGCAAAUCACCCGAGCAAAAGAGGAAGCCCGAGCGCUUGGACGUAAUAUCGAGAGUGUGAAGAAGGAGCUGGCGCAUCACAAGAGCGAGCUGAAGGGAGUUCGUCCCAAUUACGAAAAGCAGGCACAACGGUUACAGAACCGAGAGGCAGAACUCGAGAGCCACCAAGACUCAGUGAACCAGGUCAAUGAUCAGGUAUUCGCCGCAUUCUGCCAACGACUCGGUUACGAGUCUAUACGCGACUACGAAGCCCAACAGGGCACUGUCCAGCAAGAAGCAGCUGAAAAGCGUCUUGAGUUUAGCAAGCAGCGUAGCAGGCUUCAAUAUCUAAUGAAGCAGGUUGACUCAUCCCACAGAGGCGUUGAAGAGCGCCUCAAGCAAGCAGAGGAGGAGAUCAAGCGCAAGACUGCCGAUAUCACUGAGCUUGAAGCUAAGCGAGAAGAGCUGCAAAGCGCCCGAGACGUUCUCCAGGCCGAGUUGGAAACGCUACAGGACCAGCGAACCCGUUUAGAGCAGAAAUUGGCUGAACGAGUUGCGGCUGUCAAGGAGGCACGACGCACACUGGACCAGCGCAACGAAAAGGUCAAGAACGUACUAAAGGAGGUCGACGAAGAAGAUGCAAAGAUCAAAUCGAGCGCGACGAACCGCUACAACGUUCUUAAGGAGUGUCGAGUGAACGAGAUCAAGAUUCCACUUACAGAAGACUCAAAGCCACUGACGUCGCUACCGAUGACCGACAUGCCGCGACCGGACGCCGAUGCUAUGGACGUUGACGAGGAUCCUGAUUCGACCCAAAUACAACCUGCAGAAGUGGAUGACUACGGCAUCGACGUCGACUUUGACGAGCUAGACGAAGAGUUAAAGACAGAAAUUGUCGAGAUACUCGAAACUGAGGACGAACAAGAUGACCGUGUACAAUCCCAGAAGCUCAAGGCUGCUGAAUCCAAGUUGACUGACGUGAUUGCAAACCUUGAGACCGACAUCAACAAGGCUACACCCAACAUGCGCGCCGCCGAGCGUCUCGCUGCAACAGAAACGCGUCUCAAGGCUAUAGAUGAGGCGUUCGCCGAGACACGCAAGCGCGCAGCGGCUGCAAAGAAGGCGUUCGAGGAAGUCAAGACGAAACGCUACGAUCUUUUUAUGAAGGCAUUCAACCACAUUUCCGAGAAUAUCGGCGGCACAUACAAGGAUCUGACCAAAUCGCCACAGUUCCCGCUCGGAGGGCAGGCCUACCUCGACAUGGAAGACAGCACAGAGCCGUAUCUAGCAGGUCUCAAAUACCACGCCAUGCCGCCGCUCAAGCGUUUCCGUGACAUGGAGCAUUUGUCAGGUGGUGAGAAGACCAUCGCUGCAUUGGCCCUGCUGUUUGCGAUUCACAGCUAUCAACCUUCGCCAUUCUUUGUCCUCGACGAGGUGGACGCUGCACUGGAUAACGUCAAUGUUAGUCGGGUUGCCAAGUACGUCCGCGAACAUGCUAGUCCGGGUAUGCAAUUUAUUGUUAUCUCCUUGAAGGCAGGCUUCUUCCAGGAGAGUGAGACACUGGUGGGCGUUAUGCGAGAUCAGGGUAAGAUGACGAGCAAGUACCUCAGUCUAGACUUGCGGAAAUAUCAACCUGCUUAG